AUGAAACGCCCGUUCAGCCCUUCAUCUCUGCCGAACGCUGAGCCGGACCGGAGGGGCGUCGGGGGGCAAAUGGACAGCGAGCCCUGCUGCGACGCCCAGGACGAGGGUGCAGCACUGGAGGAGCAGCCAGCAGGUGGAGCUCUGCAUUCUGCACUCUACAGACCCAAACGUGAGAGGAAGCAGCGGAGCUACACACUGUGUGAGGUCUGCAACAUCCAGCUCAACUCGGCCGCACAGGCCCAGAUCCACUACAACGGCAAAUCCCACCAGAAGAGACUCAAGCAGAUCAGCAAUGGCAAGAUGCCGAGCAGCACAGGUACAUCCGCCCAGGGCAGCCCCCUCCUGGCCUCCCUCCCCGUCCCAGGACGGCCUCUGCAGCCUCAGCUCGACCUCAAACACCUCCUGCCCUUCAGACUCAAUGGAUCCUCCCCCCUCAGCCUCUUCCCCAACUUCAACACGAUGGAUCCAGUCCAGAAAGCAGUGAUCAACCACACAUUCGGAGUCCCUCAGCCCCUCAAAAAGAAACAGAUCAUCUCCUGCAACAUUUGCCACCUGCGCUUUAACUCCACGAACCAAGCAGAGGCCCACUAUAAAGGCCACAAACACGCCCGGAAACUCAAAGCCAUGGAGGCCCAGAAGAACCGGCAGCGACGAGCCGGCGAGGCUUCCUCUGCUGGGAGGGAGAGAGACCGGGACCGGGACAGAGAACGAGACCGGGACCGAACCAAGACGUCCACCUCGGAGGCAACUCUUCCUGCACUGAUGGAUACGGGAUUAGAGGAGGGAACAAGUCUUCAGACUGACCUAGAACCAGCCAACCUGGAGGCGAAGCUCGAGGAGAGUCCCAGGAGCUCCGUGAUGCUGACGCCGGUAUCGGAGGUUUCCUCCGUGGAGCUGGCCACCCUUUCCCCUCCUCAGAUUUCUCCUUCCUCACAGCUCUCCGAGACGGCGUCAGACACCAGCGCUCCUGAAGUCCCGGAGGCUGCCGAGGCAGCGGGUCCGACCAACGAGUCCAGCAGCCGGGCAGAGACGUCCAGCACGACCGAAGAGCCGCGUACGGAGGACGACAAAGACCCGAAGAAAAGCAAAGCUCAUCUCCACUGUCCUGUUUGUAAAGUCACAGUCAACUCCCUCUCCCAACUGGAAGCACAUAACAGCGGUACAAAGCACAAACUGAUGCUGGAGGGUCACAGCGUUCUGCCGCGGCGUCGGGGGAAGGUGGUGGCAGCUCGUGCUGGUUGCAAGAGCAAGCGACUGGGCAGCAAAGGCAGCGUCGGGGUUCCCAGCAAGAACUUCCAGUGUGAAGUGUGCGAGAUCUUUGUGAACUCGGAGACCCAACUGAGCCAGCACAUGAAUAGCAGACGGCACAAGGAUCGGCUGGCCGGAAAGCCACCCAAACCCAAAUUUACCCCCCACAGCAAGAGCCAGCCGAGCUCCAGCUUAGCGAACGUGAGGUGGAGUGGCUAUGCAGGCGUGGCUGUGUCUACCAUGAAGAAAGCCUUCAGCCAGUACAACCUCACCUCCCUCUCCUCGCAGACCAAACUGGCCUUGCAGAAGCAGCUGACCAAGAGUUUGACCACCGGCUUCCUGCCCAGCCCCCUCACCCCUCCGACUCUGUGCACGGUGGCGACUAACCCUCUGGCUCUGCGCCACCCCGUCGGCACCACCACCACCUUCAUCCAGACCCCGUUCCUGGGCCCAGCACUGUUCCGGCCGGCCCCCGGGCCUCUGCGGGCCGCCGCACACACCCCUAUCAUCUUCUCCCCUUACUAA